AUGGCUGCCGCACUUGGAGAGGACGCCCUUACUCGCGUCUCGGCCAACGGUAUGCUCUCUCUCGCUCGCGGCUCCCUGGCCGACUACUACGUCCCCAAGACCGUCCUCCCGACCGGAAAACUGCUGCCCCAAAUCUCCUACAAUGGCACCGUCAUCUCCGAUCCCGACGACUUCUCGAACACCUAUACGACACUGAUGCCCUACACCUUCUUCGAGGUCCAAUCCAUCAACGCACACGUCCUCAACCAAGCACUCGCUCCUCUGGACAAGACGGCAAAGCCCAAGGAGCAAGAGGCAAAUAUGAGCGUCCUUGUCCAGGUCAGCGGUUACGUGCGGCUGAUCGAGCGCAAGGAGGGUCCAAUGCGCGCCUUCUCAGACACCCUCGUCCUGGUCCCCAACAAGGAAGAAGCCGGCGCAAAGGGCAAAUCAAAAACCGGCGAAGGCAAGAGCUGGCUCAUCCAGAACCAGAACUUCAGAUUUGUCGUUUGA